CGAGCGUGGUCGCAGCCUUCCCCGGGAGCGCAGGGAGCGGCACCGGCGAUAUGCGCGGCGGCGGCGGCAAGGGAGCCGCGCUCCUGCUGCUCCUGGCCUCAGUGCUCUGGGUCACCGUGCAGAGCCAGCAGAGAGGCUUGUUCCCUGCCAUUCUCAACCUGGCCACCAAUGCCCACAUCAGCACCAAUGCAACCUGUGGUGAGAAGGGGCCUGAGAUGUUCUGCAAACUCGUGGAGCACGUGCCGGGCCGACCUGUUCGACAUGCCCAGUGCCGGGUCUGUGAUGGUAACAGUACGAAUCCCAGAGAACGCCACCCAAUAUCACACGCGAUCGAUGGCACCAAUAAUUGGUGGCAGAGCCCCAGUAUUCAGAACGGGAGAGAGUAUCACUGGGUCACCAUCACCCUGGACUUGCGGCAGGUCUUUCAAGUUGCAUAUAUCAUCAUCAAAGCCGCCAAUGCUCCUCGACCUGGAAACUGGAUUUUGGAGCGAUCUGUGGAUGGCAUCAAGUUCAAACCCUGGCAGUACUAUGCAGUCAGUGAUACCGAGUGUUUGACACGCUACAAAAUCACUCCAAGACGGGGACCUCCCACUUACAGGGCCGACAACGAAGUGAUCUGCACCUCCUAUUAUUCUAAACUGGUGCCACUUGAGCAUGGAGAGAUUCACACAUCACUCAUCAAUGGCAGACCAAGCGCUGACGACCCCUCGCCCAAGUUGCUGGAAUUCACCUCAGCACGGUACAUACGGCUCCGUCUGCAGCGCAUCAGAACACUCAAUGCGGAUCUCAUGACCCUCAGCCAUCGGGACCUCAGAGACCUUGACCCUAUUGUCACCAGACGUUAUUACUAUUCGAUCAAAGACAUUUCCGUUGGAGGGAUGUGCAUUUGCUAUGGCCACGCUAGCAGCUGCCCGUGGGAUGAAGAAACAAAGCAACUGCAAUGUCAGUGUGAACAUAAUACAUGUGGUGAGAGCUGUGACAGAUGCUGUCCUGGCUACCAUCAGCAGCCCUGGAGACCUGGAACCAUUUCAUCGGGGAACGAAUGUGAGGAAUGCAAUUGUCACAAUAAAGCCAAAGACUGUUACUAUGACGAGAAUGUUGCAAAGGAGAAGAGGAGUCUGAACACUGCUGGGCAGUACCGUGGGGGAGGGGUUUGCAUCAACUGCCUGCAGAACACCACGGGGGUCAACUGUGAGACCUGCAUCGAUCGGUAUUACAGACCGCACAAAGUAUCGCCUUAUGACGACCAGCCUUGCCGUCCCUGUGACUGUGACCCUGUAGGGUCCCUGAGUUCUGUCUGUAUCAAGGAUGACCUCCAUUCUGACUUAGCCCAUGGGAAGUGGCCAGGUCAAUGUCCGUGUAAGGAAGGUUUUGCUGGGGACAAAUGUGAUCGCUGUCAGUUUGGCUACCGGGGUUUCCCGAACUGCAUCCCCUGUGACUGCAGUACCGUGGGCAGCGUGAAUGAUGACCCGUGCUCGGAGCCGUGUCUUUGUAAGAAAAAUGUUGAAGGAGAGAAUUGUGAUCGCUGCAAGCCGGGAUUCUAUAACCUGCAGGAAAGAAACCCCCAGGGCUGCUCUGAGUGCUUCUGCUUUGGCGUCUCUGAUGUCUGUGACAGCCUCACGUGGUCCGUUAGUCAGGUGACCAAUAUGUCAGGGUGGCUGGUCACUGACUUGAUCAGCCCAAAUAUGAUCCGGUCUCAGCAGGAUGCACUGGGUGGGCGUCAUCAAAUCAGCAUCAACAACACGGCUGUCAUUCAGAGGCUGAGAUCCACGUACUACUGGGAAGCUCCUGAGGCCUACCUCGGAAACAAGCUGACGGCAUUUGGCGGGUUCCUGAAGUACACAGUGUCUUACGACAUUCCGAUGGAGACAGUCGACAGUGACCUCAUGUCUCAUGCUGAUGUCAUCAUCAAGGGAAAUGGGCUUACUCUGAGCACACAGGCUGAGGGCCUGUCCCUGCAGCCUUACGAGGAGUACUUCAACGUGGUUAGGCUCGUGCCUGAGAACUUCCGGGACUUUAAAACCAGAAGGGAGAUCGACCGUGACCAGCUCAUGACCGUCCUGGCCAAUGUGACACACCUGUUGAUCAGAGCCAACUAUAAUUCUGCCAAAAUGGCACUCUACAGGCUGGAUUCUGUCUCUCUGGACAUAGCAAGCCCCAAUGCUAUAGACUUGGCAGUAGCUGCUGAUGUGGAGCACUGUGAAUGUCCCCAAGGCUACACGGGGACCUCCUGUGAGUCCUGCCUCCCCGGCUAUUACCGAGUGGAUGGGAUACUCUUCGGAGGAAUCUGUCAGCCCUGCGAAUGCCAUGGCCAUGCCUCCGAGUGUGACAUUCAUGGGAUUUGCUCUGCAUGUACACACAACACCACAGGAAAUCACUGUGAGCAGUGCCUGCCCGGCUUCUACGGGAGACCUUCACACGGGACGCCAGGGGACUGCCAGCCCUGUGCCUGCCCUCUCUCCAUUGACUCCAACAAUUUCAGCCCCACCUGCCACCUCACUGAUGGAGAGGAAGUGGUCUGUGACCAGUGUGCCCCGGGUUACUCAGGAGCCUGGUGUGAGAGAUGUGCAGACGGUUACUAUGGAAACCCAACAGUGCCAGGGGGAAGCUGUGUACCAUGCGACUGCAGCGGCAAUGUCGAUCCCUUGGAGGCCGGCCACUGCGACUCUGUCACGGGAGAAUGCCUGAAGUGCUUGUGGAACACAGACGGGGCCCACUGUGAGAGGUGUGCAGACGGCUUCUAUGGAGACGCCGUGACUGCCAAAAACUGCCGCGCCUGUAACUGCCAUGAAAACGGCUCCCUUUCUGGUGUGUGCCAUCUGGAGACUGGGCUGUGUGACUGCAAACCUCAGGUGACAGGCCAGCAGUGUGACCAGUGCCUGCCUGGCUAUUAUGGGCUGGACACAGGGCUUGGCUGUGUACCCUGUAACUGCAGUGUGGAAGGCUCCACAUCAGACAACUGCACAGAGGAGGGCCAGUGUCACUGUGUACCAGGCGUCACUGGGAAAAAAUGCGACAGGUGUUCACACGGCUUCUACGCGUUCCGGGAUGGUGGCUGCACAUCCUGCGACUGCUCACAUACUCAGAAUAACUGUGACCCUGACUCUGGAGAGUGCCUCUGCCCUCCUCACACCCAGGGUCUGAAGUGUGAGGAAUGUGAGGAGGCGCACUGGGGCCGGGACCCCGAGCAGGGGUGCCAGGUGAGUGCUGCCACCAUGCUUGGCUCCACGGGUCCCCAGUGUGAUGCUCUGUCUGGCCAAUGCCCCUGCAAAGAAGGGUUUGGAGGGCGGAGCUGCGAUCAGUGUUCCUUGGGUUACCGGAAGUUUCCUGACUGCGUCCCCUGUGACUGCGACCUGAGGGGGACACUGGCCGACACCUGUGACCUGGAACAGGGUCUCUGCAGCUGCACAGGGGACAGUGGCACCUGCUCCUGCAAGGAGAACGUCCUGGGGCUCCAGUGCAGCGAGUGCCGGCCUGGUACCUUUGCCCUGCAAAUUGACAACCCCCUAGGCUGCAGGUCCUGCUUCUGCUCGGGUCUGUCGCAGCUCUGCUCGGAGUUGGAGGGUUAUGUGAGGGCUCUGAUAACGCUGGCCUCCGAUCAGCCCCUGCUGCAUGUGGUCUCACAGAGCAACCUCAAGGGCACCAUUGAAGGUGUGCAUUUCCAGGCCCCUGACACCUUGCUGGAUGCGGAGGCUGUCCGCCAGCACAUCCAUGCAGAGCCAUUUUACUGGCGGCUACCAAAGCAGUUCGAGGGAGAUCAGCUCCUGGCCUACAGUGGGAAACUGAGGUACAGCGUGGCCUUCUACUCUACCCGAGGCACCGGCACAUCCAAUUAUGAGCCUCAAGUUCUCAUCAAAGGAGGUCGGGCCAGGAAGCACGUCAUUUAUAUGGAUGCCCCAGCGCCAGAGAACGGAGUGAGACAGGAUUAUGAAGUGGAAAUGAAAGAGGAGUCUUGGAAAUACUUUAACUCUGUGUCUGAAAAACAUGUUACGCACUCGGAUUUUAUGUCUGUACUUAGCAAUAUUGAAUAUAUCCUCAUCAAGGCAUCGUAUGGUCAAGGAUUACAGCAGAGCAGGAUUGCCAACAUCUCCAUGGAGGUUGGCAGGAAGGCUGGAGAACUGCCCUCUGGGGGAGAGGCAGCGUCCCUGUUGGAGCACUGUGUCUGCCCUCCUGGUACCGCUGGAUUCUCCUGUCAGGAUUGUGCUCCCGGGUACCACAGAGGGAAGCUCCCAGAAAGUGGUGGCCGGGGACCCCGCCCUCUGAUAGCUCCUUGUGUGCCCUGUAGUUGCAACAACCACAGUGACAUCUGUGACCCCGAAACUGGGAAGUGCCUGAACUGCCGCGACCACACGGCUGGUGACCACUGUGAGAUGUGUGCCCCCGGCUACUAUGGGAAGGUGAUUGGGUUGCCUGGAGAUUGCACCCCGUGUACCUGUCCUCACCGCCCCCCUUUCAGUUUCAGCCCCACUUGUGUUUUGGAAGGUGACAAUGACUUCCGGUGUGAUGCCUGCAUCCCUGGCUAUGAGGGACAGUACUGUGAAAGGUGCUCCGUGGGCUAUCAUGGCAACCCUCGAGCAGCAGGUGGCAGCUGUCAGAAGUGUGACUGUAACCCCCAAGGCUCUGUCCACAGUGACUGUGACCGAGCGUCUGGGCAGUGUGUCUGCAAGCCAGGAACCACGGGGCUCCGCUGUGAGGAAUGCCUGCCAAGACACAUCUUGGUGGAGAGCGACUGUGUUUCUUGUGAUGAUGAAUGUGUGGGGGCCUUGCUGAAUGACCUGGAUGCUUUUGGCGAUGCUGUCCUGUCUCUGAACCUCACUGGCAGUUUCCCUGCCCCAUAUGGGAUUUUGUCAAGUCUGGAAAAUACAACUAAAUAUUUCCAGAGGUAUUUAUUAAAAGAAAAUGCUAAGAAGAUUCGGGCAGAAAUCCAGCUUGAAGGGGUUGCAGAACAAACAGAAAACCUGCAAAAGGAGCUCACUAGAGUCUUAACCAGCAGCCAGCAGGUGAAUCAGGCAGCAGAGAGAACCGUCAAUGGGACUCAAGCCCUGGCCACGUUCAUUGAGCAGCUGCACACAAACAUCAAAGAAAUCACGACAAAGGUGGCAAUGUUGAAUCAGACCGCCCGUGAAGAUUUCCAGCCACCCAGUUCUGCUCUUCAGAGCAUGCACCAGAACAUGUCUUCUUUGCUGGAGCUUACCAAGAAAAGGAAUUUCACCGAGAUGCACCAAAAUGCUACCCUUGAACUCAAGGCUGCUAAAGAUUUAUUGUCACGAAUUCAGAAGAGGUUCCAGAAGCCUCAGGAAAAGCUGAAGGCAUUGGAGGCAGCCAGAGACUUCCUUUCAAACCACAGCAAAGAACUACAGGCUGCCAAGGAGCUCCUGAGGGAAGCUGAGAACAGGACCCAGGAGAGCGACCGCCUGCUGCUCCUUGUCAAAGCCAACCUGAGAGAAUUCAGCGAGAAAAAGCUGAAUGUUCAAGAAGAACAGAACUUGACCUCAAAGCUCAUCGCUGAAGGAAGAGAAUGGGUAGAUUCCGCCACUACUCAUAUGGAUACUGUACAAGACAUCCUAACACAGCUGGAGCAUCACAGAGAUGAGCUCCUUUUGUGGACCAGUAAGCUCCGAGGCCACGUAGAUGAGCUGGUCAUGCAGAUGUCCAAACGAAGAGCUCGUGACCUGGUCCACAGAGCUGAGCACCAUGCCUCUGAGCUGCAGAGCCUAGCAGGUGUUUUGGACAGAGACCUUGAAAACGUUAGAAACGUGUCCGUGAAUGCCACCAGCGCAGCACAUGUUCAUGCCAACAUCCAGAUCAUGAUGGAAGAUGCAGAAAGACUGGCCGCUGAUGCUCAGGAGACUGCAAAUGAAACAAGCUUGGUCUUGGAAUCCCUGGUGUCUCAGGGGAAAGCAGUUCUGCAGCGCACGUCCAGAUUUCUAAAAGAAAGCAUCAGUGCCAGGAGGAAGCAGCAAGGUAUUACAUUGAAGCUAGAUGAGCUGAAAAAUUUGACGAGUCAAUUUCAAGAGAGUGCGGAUAAUAUUACAAGGCAGACCAACGACUCCCUCUGGAUCCUGAGAGAAAUUCCUGGAGGCAUGAGAGAGAAGGGGAGAAAAGCCAGAGAGCUGGCCACAGCCGCCAACGAGAGUGCCGUGAAGACACUAGAGGACGCCCUGGGUUUAAGCCUAAGGGUCUUCAACACAUCAGCGGACCUGUCCAGAGUGAAUGCCACAGUACAGGAGACAAAGGACCUCCUGCGCAACUCCACGAUGACCACCCUGUUGGCUGGAAGGAAAAUGAAAGACAUGGAAAUACAAGCCAACCUCCUAUUUGAUCGACUGAAGCCUUUGAAAACGCUAGAAGAAAACCUGAGUAGAAACCUGUCGGAGAUCAAGCUUCUGAUCAGCCGCGCCCGGAAACAAGCAGCUUCGAUCAAAGUUGCCGUGUCUGCAGACAGAGACUGCAUCCGUGCCUACCAGCCUCAGAUUUCUUCCAGCAACUAUAACACUCUUACUCUGAACGUUAAGACACAAGAGCCGGACAACCUUCUCUUCUACCUGGGCAGCAGCACCAGUUCUGAUUUUCUCGCAGUGGAGAUGCGGCGGGGGAAAGUGGCCUUCCUCUGGGACCUGGGCUCCGGGUCCACAAGGCUGGAAUUCCCAGAUGUCUCCAUCAAUGACAACAGAUGGCACAGCAUCUACAUAACCAGGUUUGGAAACAUGGGGUCACUGAGUGUCAAAGAAAUAAGUUCGGCUGAGAAUCCACCAGUCAAAACAAGCAAGUCUCCGGGGUUGGCAAAUGUUCUGGACAUAAACAAUUCAACACUAAUGUUUGUUGGAGGGCUUGGAGGUCAAAUCAAGAAAUCUCCCGCUGUGAAGGUUACUCAUUUUAAGGGCUGCAUGGGAGAGGCCUUCUUGAACGGCAAAUCAAUCGGCCUGUGGAAUUAUGUCGAGAGAGAAGGGAAAUGCAAUGGCUGCUUUGGAAGUUCCCAGAAUGAAGACUCUUCCUUCCAUUUUGAUGGAAGUGGGUACGCGGUUGUGGAGAAGACACUCCGGACCACCGUGACUCAGAUAGUCAUCCUCUUCAGUACCUUCUCCCCCAACGGGCUGCUUUUCUACCUGGCUUCAAAUGGCACUAAGGACUUUCUGUCCAUCGAGCUGGUCCGUGGCAGGGUUAAGGUGAUGGUGGAUUUGGGGUCCGGACCCCUCACUCUUAUGACAGACAGACGGUAUAACAACGGAACCUGGUACAAAAUCGCCUUCCAGAGAAACCGGAAGCAAGGACUGCUGGCUGUCUUUGAUGCCUAUGACACCACUGACAAGGAGACCAAGCAGGGAGAAACCCCAGGAGCCUCUUCUGACCUCAAUCGACUGGAAAAAGACCUGAUUUACGUGGGGGGCUUACCUCACUCUGUAGCUGUGAGGAAAGGGGUCAGCAGCAGAAACUACGUGGGCUGUAUCAAGAACCUGGAGAUAUCCAGGUCCACCUUUGAUCUGCUGAGAAAUUCCUAUGGAGUGAGAAAAGGCUGUGCGCUGGAGCCCAUCCAGAGUGUGAGUUUCCUGAGAGGUGGCUACGUGGAGGUGCCACCCAAGUCUCUGUCACCAGCAUCGUCCCUGCUUGCCACAUUCGCCACCAAGAACAGCAGUGGCAUCAUCCUGGCCGCACUGGGCAAGGACGCGGAGAAGGCUGGUUGGUCUCAGGCACACGUGCCCUUCUUUGCCAUCAUGCUGAUUGAAGGCCGCGUUGAAGUGCAUGUCAAUCCCGGGGAUGGGACCAGUCUGAGGAAGGCCCUACUGCACGCCCCCACUGGCUCCUACAGUGACGGACAAGAGCAUUCCUUCUCCCUGGUUAGGAACCGGAGAGUUAUCACCAUACAGCUGGAUGAGGGCAGUCCCGUAGAAAUGAAGUUGGGUCCCUCAGCAGAAGGAAGGACAAUCGAGAUAGCCAACCUGUACGUAGGGGGCCUUCCCGCGGACAAGAGGACACCAAUGCUCAGGAUGAGGACUUCAUUCCAUGGCUGUAUCAAAAACCUGGUCUUCGACACUGAAAUUUUGGACUUCACCCACUCCGUAGGCUCUGAACUCGUAGAGCUGGACACUUGCUUGCUGGCAGAAGAACCCCUGCAGGACCUUCAUGGGGGACACGGGGAACUCCCUCCAGAGCCCCCAACUCUGCAACAGCCUGAACUGUGUGCGGUGGACACGGCUCCAGGGCAUGUUCCAGGCGCUCACCAGUUUGGCCUCUCGCAAAACAGCCACUUGGUGUUGCCUUUUAAUCAGUCCGAUGUCCGAAAGAGGCUCCAGGUUCAGCUGAACAUCCGGACAUUCGCCUCCAGUGGCCUCAUUUACUACGUGGCUCAUCAGAACCAAAUGGACUAUGCUGUCCUCCAGCUCCAAGAGGGCCGCCUCCACUUCAUGUUUGACCUUGGCAAGAGCCGGACCAAGGUCUCUCACCCCACGCUGCUCAGUGAUGGCAAGUGGCACACAGUCAAGACGGAGUACGUUAAAAGAAAGGGCGUCAUGAGUGUCGACGGUCAAGAGUCCCCCACGGCGACUGUGGUGGGAAACGCAACAACACUGGACGUGGAAGGGAAGCUGUACCUGGGAGGUCUUCCUGUCCACUACAAGGCCAGGAACAUCGGGAAUACAACCCACAGCAUCCCUGCCUGCAUUGGGGAGGUGACAGUCAACAACAAGCCUCUGGAUAAAGACAGCCCUGUGUCUGCCUUGGCAGUGGGCAGGUGCUACGCAGUGGCCCAGGAAGGAACUCUCUUUGAAGGAAGUGGAUAUGCAGCUCUUGUCAAGGAAGGCUACAGAGUUCGACUGGAUUUAAACAUCACACUGGAAUUCCGUACCUCCUCUAAGAAUGGCGUCCUCCUGGGGAUCAGCAGUCCCAAAGUGGAUGCCAUUGGCCUAGAGAUUGUAGACGGCAAGGUCUUGUUUCACGUCAACAAUGGGGCCGGCAGGAUUACAGCCACCUAUGAGCCCAGAGCCUCCACAGCUCUCUGUGACGGGAAAUGGCACACGCUCCAAGCCCAGAAAAGCAAACACCGCAUCGUCCUAACGGUGGAUGGGAAUACGGUUAGGGCCGAGAGCCCUCACACCCAUUCCACCUCAGCAGACACUAAUGAUCCCAUUUAUGUGGGUGGCUAUCCUGCCCACAUCAAGCAAAAUUGCCUGAGCAGCCGGACCUCCUUCCGGGGUUGUAUGAGGAACCUCAAGCUGAGCAGAGGCCCACAGGUGCAAACCUUGGACUUAAGCAGAGCCUUUGACCUUCGGGGAGUCUUCCCCCAUUCCUGCCCUGGGCCUGAGUCCUGAACUGCUGCCGGAAGCCUCUUUGGAGUCACUGUUAAUACGUUGAGGAGAAACAAGUUUGUGAACUCAAGUGUCUUCCAUUCCGAUUUCAUUUCCAACUCAGGUUAUGUUUCCAGAGAAAAACGCUGUAUUUAUGUUGAACUAAAGCCACAUGUACAACAGAUACCUCUAUUAAAUAGUCCAAAAUGUCCGUUGAA